UCAGGGUGAGGGGAAGUCCUAUAAAAUGCGAGGGAAAAGACAAUUGAAAUCAGUCGAGUGAGCAUCUCCGACACGACAACUGCAGUGCACUACUUGUCUCCUAUUGUAUCUCCAUCGUAAUACCAGUUCGCAAUCAUGGUUAAUUAUGGCGUCGUGCUGCUGUUGGGUGUUGUAUCGUUGAUGGCUGGGUCGACCACGGGUGUACCGAUGUCUCCUGGGUACGGUGGAUAUUCUUACCAAACCACAACGGCGAAGGAAUACUACCCCACGCCGCCGCCCUACUACACAACAACAUACGCUACACCGACCUACUACACCGAGGCCCCCAAGUACUACACCACCAAGGCACCCGAGUAUUACACCACAACGUACGCUGCCCCUAGCUACUACACCGAAGCGCCAAAGUAUUACUCUGCCCCGAGCUACACCACGAAAGCGCCCGAGUACUACACUAUUACAUACGCUGCCCCAUCUUACUACACCGAGGCUACCACGUAUUACUCUGCUCCAAGCUACUACACCGAGGCUCCCAAGUACUACACCACCAAAGCACCGGAGUAUUACACUACUACAUACGCUGCCCCAUCUUACUACACCGAGGCUACCACGUAUUACUCUGCUCCAAGCUACUACACCGAGGCUCCAACUUACUACACCACCAAGGCACCCGAGUAUUACACUACAACCUACGCUGCCCCAGUUUACUACACCGAGGCUCCCAAGUACUACACCACCAAAGCGGCUGAAUAUUACACCGAGGCUCCAGUUUACUACACUACAACCUACGCUGCUCCUAGCUACUACACUGAAGCCCCCAAGUACUACUCUGCCCCGAGCUACACAACCACAACUGAGGCUGCCAAGUAUUACGUAGCCCCAACUUACUACACAGCGGCUGCCCCUUCGUACUACGUUGAACCCAAAUACUACACCGAGGCUCCAGUUUAUUACACCACAACCUACGCUACACCUAGCUACUACACCGAAGCCCCCAAGUACUACACCGAAAAGGCCGAAUACUACACAACCACGUAUGCUGCCCCAGCCUACUACACCGAGGAACCCAAGUAUUACUCUGCUCCAAGCUACUACCAAACCGAGGCUCCUGUUUACUACACCACCAAGGCACCCGAGUAUUACACCACAGCUUCUUACUACACUACGACGUAUGCUGCCCCCAGUUACUACACUGAAGCUCCAGUUUACUACACCACAACAUACGCCGCUCCAGCUUACUACACCGAGGCUCCCAAGUACUACUCAGCUCCUAGUUACUACCAAACAGAGGCUCCUCAAUACUACACCACCAAAGCCCAGGAAUAUUACACCACAACUUACGCUGCACCCAGUUACUACACCGAAGCCCCGAAGUAUUACUCUGCCCCUAGCUACUACACCACUAAAGCACCAGAAUAUUACACCACAACCUAUGCUUCUCCAGCUUACUACAAGGAAGCUCCCAAAUACUAGAGCUGAAAUUUCUUUUAUUCGAUAUUCUUUAAAUUAUGGCGGUAAUUUUUUUUUUCAUUGUUAUUAAUCGAUGGGUGUUAAAUGUGAAUAAGAAAAUAAAUUUAUUUAUGCGGGUAAA